GGCGCUGCUCUGAGCACCGCUACACGCGGCUCACCAUGGAACAUAACUAGUUAAAACAAUGACGAAUUCUGAUGUCCUUUCGUUUUUCUUUCAGGUGUUAUCUGUUCGACCAUCAACCAUGAAGGCUGUAGCUCUGAUCCUGGCUCUUGCAGUCAUUGGCUGCAAUGCCCGUGCUCUGCCCGAGCCCCCUAAGGCCUGGCAGGAUGCUGUGGAGAGGUUCUGGCAGCACAUCAAUGACCUGAACCAGCAGGCUGAUGGUGUGGUGCAGAACAUCAAGGCCUCUCAGCUGAGCCGGGAGCUUGAUACCCUGAUCACAGACACCAUGGCCGAGUUGAACACUUACAAAGAUGACCUGCAGACCAAGCUGAGCCCCUAUGCUGAUUUUUCCACCACCCAGAUGGCCCAGGAUCUGCAGCUGCUGACCAGCCGCCUGCAGCAGGACAUGCUUGAUGCCAAAGAGCGCAGCACCGAGUACCUGGGCGAGCUCAAGACCAUGGUCGAACAGAACACCGGAGACGUGCGCGGACGCAUCAGCUCUUACACCAACAAGCUGAAGAAACGUCUCAACAAGGACACAGAGGAAAUUGUCAACACCGUGACCAACUACAUGGGUGAAAUCCAGUCCCGCACCUCCCAGAACAUGGAGACCGUCCGCGGCCAGGUGGAGCCCUACGUGCAGCAGGCCAGCGAGACCGCCAACCAGAAGCUGAGUGACAUCACCGCCCUUCUGCAGAGCCAGGCCGAGGGUUUGGGAAAGACUCUUGAGAGCCAAUUCGCCAGCGUCAGGACCCAGAUGGAGGAGACCGUGGAGGGCCUGCGCACCGCUCUGGAAGGCAACAUGGACAAACUGACCGAGAACAUCCAGCCCAUCGCCGACCGCAUCCGCGAGCAGAUCGAGACCAUCGGCGAGAAGUUCAAGGAGAGCACCCAGUAAAUACAGACUGUUAAAACAAGGCAUUUCAACUAAGUCAGGGGUAUGCAAAAACCACUGAUGUGUUACUGAUCAUAUGUUUAAUGGUUGCUUUUGUGUACAGGGAGUGUGGGUUGAAGUAGCAUUUAUAUCACUAUACUACUUAUACAUUCGCCCAUAAUCACUGAACACAAGUACCUCAAGCAAUAACACUUUCAAUGUAAUUCAAUGUAUGCUUUACUACUGUUUACUUUUAUACAAGCCAACCCCUCAUUGUACUUAAGGGGUCAAAUCAUUUCAAUGACUGCACUGAAAAUAUAUCCCAACAAAGGCAAAAAAACAAAACAAAAAAAACAAACAUGAUUGCCUGAAUGUAUCUUGACCAUUUCUUAUAGUUGUAAAAUGUGAAAUGCAUUUUAACCUUUAAGAUUGAUGCUGCCUUCUUCACAUAUGCUGGAGAGUCCCUUGUAUUUCAAUUGUCCACCGUGCUGCACAGUGCUGCGUGAAUAAAGGACCAAGAAAACAAAA